UCAUAAAAUAGUCUGAAGCAGCUGCAACUGCUGUGACUACAUGAAACCCCAAACUGUUGGAAACAUGUUUUUUAAUAAAUCACUGUCUUGUUUUCGCUCAGAGUUUUGAAUUGUGAUGGCUGAUAUUUAUUUCCCAUGGAACCGUUGUUCUCAGAGAGAGUUCAGACCUCAUAUCAGACACGUGGAGCCUGUUCUGACUGAGUGUGAUCUUGACUGGAAGUCCCGUUUGCGCCGGGUUCCUGAACCUCGUUACAGUGAUGCCCCUUUCCCUCAAAUUAAAGAGAUCAAAUUUCCCAGUGAAAUAAGACUGACGAGACCCUUUCCACAAGCCAAUAUGGCGAGUCAGUCAGAGUGGACCUUCUACCCAAACUUUGGUCAACAAAUAACCUACCAUGCUGGAAAACGCUGUGGUUUUUACCAUGCAGUUAAAAGAUGUAUCUCUGAACAGACCCUCGAAUCAACCAUAGGAAGGAAACGACAUGUGAAUCAGGACUGUCGUUCAGCAGCAGGCUCCUCAACGUUUCUAUCACCGGAAUACAGUCCUGACUUCCACAAGCAUGGAGCUACUGUACCAAAAGCCAGUUUUGGGUUUCCAACCAUCUUUAAAGCUGAUACGUUUAUUCCUCUACAGCCCCUGCCCGAAAAGAUCUGCUUGCCUCAUACAGAGAAAAAAAAGAUUCUGGACAGAGAGGAGGACAUUCUUGAGGUGAAAAAUCUCAGCAAGUGGAGACCAGCACCACAGCUCAUUGAAAGUAUUAUUGAAGAGCCUGGAUCGUUUCCAAAUCUCUAGAAUUAUACACAUUUUGUUACAGUAACUAUUUCUGUGUGUAUUGAUCUUUUUGUUACAUACUCAGAUGUCUGUGGACAUUUUGUUGAGUCCAGAUACAUAUUUGUUUCACCUCAAAAUAUUCAAAACUAUUUACAAAUAAUUACUCUAAAAGCAGUGCAUGCACUCUAAACCUUAAACUUAACCCAUAGGUGACUAAGAGCUGUGUUGUAAUAGUCAGUAGAAUGUCAAUUGCUGUAAACCACAAUUAAUUCAGUUCAGUUAUAUUCUACAGUAUCAGUGUUUUUUCAUUAUUUAUUUUCCUCUGCAUUGUAAAUUCAUCCAAACAAUUAAGAAAAUAUAAGAAACAGAUGAUAAGAUGACAGCUUUGCACAGCUUGUUAUUUUCUCAGGCAGCUUUACUUGUCAAGAGUUAAUUACUUGAAUUUCUUCCUUCUUAAUGUGUUUGAGAGCAGUCAAUCUGAAUAAAAAAUCAAGAGUUUGAAAGUA